CUGGUUCCUCCAUGUUCUCGAACAUUUUCAUGAUGGAUAAAAGCUUUAGAUUUAUUUUUACAACUUAUAUGUAGGUUAAACAUAAAGUUUUCUCUCUCAGGUUAUGAACAAAAAUCUCAAUGACAUCGAUCCAGUCAUGGAAGUCUGCCUCAAACUGACCAGGCUUCUUCUAGGAACGCUGCUUUCCCAUUGGCUGACUGCUGUCCUGUCCCGGGAUUUCACUCUGGCGGACAUCGUUCAGCUCCAUCUCUCAGCUACUCCACAUCCUGGAGGGUUUAAGUGCUUCACCUGUGAAGAUGCUGAAGAUAACUACUCCUGCAACCGCUGGGCUCCUGACACCUACUGUCCUGAAGACACCAGAUUCUGCUACACACGCCAUCAUAUGGACGAGGAUGGUGAAAGUGUCUCUGUCACAAAGCGCUGUGUGUCCCGGGACGAGUGUGUGUCCACAGGCUGCAUGCAGCACGAAGCCCACACGGUCUGCACUUCUUGUUGUGAAGGAAACAUCUGCAACCUGCCGGUGCCGUGGAACGAGACGACGGCCAUCUUCUCUACCACCUCUCCCCUGAACCAAGUGAUCAGAGUGUCUCCUGGGAGAAUCACAGCUCUCAGCAUCAUCAUCGUGCUUAGUGAAUUUAAUUAGAACUGCUUGAAUCAGUGAAAUGUUCAAGUUGUUUUAUAUUGUAAAUUAUUU